AUGGAAGUCGAAAUCAUCUCCACCCAACUCAUCAAACCUUCUUGCCCAACACCAACACACCCAAAAACCCAUAACCUCUCAAUCAUAGACCAGUUCAUGCCUUCCAUAUACAUACCAAUGGUGCUUUUCUACCCUGCUGAUCAUAUCAUUCCAUCCACUAUUGAUAGUAAUAUCACUCAGCAAAGAUUGAAACAAUUAAAGGAAUCCUUAUCACAAGUCUUGACUCAAUUUUACCCAUUCGCUGGAAGGAUUAAAGACAAAAUCACCAUCGAUUGCAAUGAUGAAGGGGUUUACUACACUGAGGCCAAAGUAAGUUGUAGUCUAGUUGAAUUUUUCAACCAUGCUAAUUUCGCAUCAUUCACCCAUAAACUUCUUCCAAACCAAACUAUUUGGGACACAGCAACUGAAGGAUACCCAACUAUGAUACAAGUGACUUGUUUUGCAUGCGGUGGCAUGGUGAUAGGUACCUUGAUAUCGCAUAUGAUAGCGGAUGGAGCAGCUGCAAGUUUCUUUUUAAGUAGUUGGGGUUCUACAUCUAAGAGUGAAUUUCAACAUGCAUCUGCUCUUCCUAACUUUGACACUCCUUUUCUUAAGAAUGUUGCAUGCCCAAAAGAUACAAAUGUGAUGGCUUUGUGUGGCCAAUUUUUGAACAUGGGUAAGCUUGCUAUGAGGAGAUUUUUGUUUGAUGAAGAAGCUAUGUCUAAGUUGAAGGCACAAGGGUCUAGUUUGACCGUGCAAAAUCCUACUCGGGUGGAGGUUGUAACAUCACUCCUAUGCAAAUGUUCUGCAAGAGCUUUCAGGGAAAACCAUGGUUUGGAGAGGCCUAGUUUGUUAACUCAUGCAGUAAACAUGCGUCUAAGGGCAUCUCCUAAUUUUCCAAAAUCAUGUAUGGGUAAUUAUGUUUGGCUGGCUUUGGCUUCGAUGGGUGAAAAGGAGAAGGUAAUUGAGUUACCUGAGUUGGUUAUUAAAUUGAGGGAAGCAUUGAAAUCAAUCAACUCUGAAUUUGUGAAAAGCUUAGAAGGUGAAGGAGGAUUGAUAAAAUAUUGUGAAGUUUCAAAGCAAUUAAUUGAGAGUGCUUCAAAUGGUGCACAGACUAGUGGGGUGAAUUAUGUUCAUUAUACGAGUUGGUCCAAUUUUGGUCUUUAUGAGGUUGAUUAUGGAUGGGGAAAGCCAAUUUGGGUGUCAUGCACUUCUGGUUCAGCUGAGGACAGCACUUUGUUUUUUAAUUCGAUCAUCUUAAUGGAUACACCAUCAAGUAAGGGAAUAGAAGUUUGGAUUUAUUUGAAUGAAGAUGAAAUGAGCAUAUUGCAACAAGACAAGGAGCUCCUUACCUUUGCAGCCUUAGAUCCAAAUCCUCUACAACUAAAGGAUUAUAUAUCUCGUGCUUGA